AUCGAAGUUAUCAAAUUGUUGUAACUUGUAGCCCAUUUAAUAAUACUGUGCUCAUAGAUAUUAAAUUUGCAGCUCAAUCAAUUAUUUAAACUAAUACUAUUAUUCACGAUGGUUUCGGGAGGAAUAAAAGAACACACCGUAACUGACGAUCCUCCGUAUUCCAGAUUAUUUGUCGUUUACAACAGAAAGGAUCCCAUUACAGAAACCGAACUGAGAAACGAUUUUGGCCAAUUUGGUGAAGUCCAAGAUGUGUUCAUCGUUAAAGAUAAAGCUACCGGAGAUUCUAAAGGAGUUGCGUAUGUUAAAUUCCCUAAGAUGUCGGAAGCUGCUCUUGCCAUGGAAAAACUCCACAAUACUCCUAUCACAGGACACACCGGAGUGUACAAAGUGUACAUAGCCAAAAGUCGAGGAGAAUCAAGAGGACCUGAUCACGAUGAUCCAGAUCGUUUUUUUCGAUUAUUCAUCGUCGUACCAAAAACUGCCACGGAAGAUGAUAUUAGAGAGUAUUUCACGAAAUUUGGAGACGUUACUACAGUGAAAUUAUUACGCCAUAAAGAUACCAACGAAAGUAGAGGACUUGGUUAUGUAACAUACGCGAGAGUACACGAUGCUGCCAAAGCUGUAGAAAGUGGUGAAAACGAGCUAGGAUAUAAAGCUGUGAUAGCUCGACCUAAAGAGAAAUUGCAACCUGCUGAUUCCAGUAAUGCUAAACAUUCUUCUAGUUAUCCUUCGUAUUCAAAUACUAGUACUCCUUCUCCUCGCCCAACCAAUAAUAUCUCCAGCAAGAUUGAUCUCCAUGUGAGCGGAGACAGUAUUCAGGGUGAGGACUCUUUCCAAGCUACGGUUUCUUCCAAGUUGAACAAAGAUCACAUAUUUCGAUUGUUCGAUAUAGCUCCUGGUUUAAGAAAUAUACAAAUUACUUCGCAAAGCAUGUAUCGAACUGAUGUAGUAGCUACCUACACUUCGGCUCUAGCUGCUGAAUAUGCACUGAAUAAACUGCAAGGAUUGGAGUAUCCAUUAGGAGAAUACAUUUGUGUAGAAUCAAAAGGAGUUAAUAAACCAGCCAUAGUAACAGCUCCAAGUUACACGAGUAAUAUAUCCGCUGGCGGAAGUAUCGGAGCUAAACGUGAUUAUAGAGGGGAUCAAAUCAUCGAACAUCGAAGCUCCUCUCCUGUCGGUUUGGAUACAAAUCGUGAAGUUAAUUCAAAACUCAGUGCUUUAACGAAAGCCCUUUCUGAAGCGACAGCGUUGCUAAAAACAGCAGGAAUCUCUACUGAUACUCUGGGUUUUGAUGAAGUGACUGAAAAGUGGAGCUCAUCUUCGUAUUGCCAUUUUCCAUUACCACCGCCUCAAAAAGUUCUUCCCAAAUCUGCUUUCAAUGAAAAUACUGGAAUGCGGUUGUUUUUCGUUGGCCAUCCAACUGCUCCUCCGUUAGAUGCUUUAUACGAUGUGUAUUGUAGAUUUGGUAAUUUCGCUGGUGCCAGUAUUUUGCAAAGAAAAAAUUAUGGUUAUUUGUAUUUCACUUGUUCUCAGUCAGCUCAGAGAGCCAUUGAAGUCACCGAUGAUAAAUUAAUCUCUGGCGUUUCAAUUAAAGUUUUGCCAGCUGAGCCGAAAACCGAACCCAGUAAUAAAAGAAAGAAGACGGAUACGAUGUAACCAGGACUGUAAGUAGUAAGAUUACAAACUAAUAACUGCUACUCACGUUUUUUGUGCCAGUUUACUCGAAAACAACAUAUUGACGAUAACAUACCUUUUAUACAUUAAAUUUACUGAACAUUCUCAGAGGAUAUAAAUAGACUAUUUUCAUAGUUUAACCGAAGAAUAAACAAUUUUUUGUUCACCUACUGAUUUUUAAAUAAAUGACUACGUAGUAGAUGAACGAUCUACGUACCUACUCGAUAGAUUUAAUUAUUAGGUACUUUGCUUAUUGUUUAAGGUAAGCAUGACAAUUUACAAUUUUUUUUUAUUUUUGUAAAAUAUGUUAUGCGUAUAAUAUAUAUUUUUGUACGGUUAAACUGCAUUUUCUCAUUACUAUUAUACUAUUAUUAAAAAUAAUACUUACUGUACCUCUACUUACUGCGAGAACUUGCCAAAAAAUAGGACUUUUUUUUGACAAUUUUGGGGGCGAAAACAAAACUGUUUUACAUUACAAGUGCCAUCUAGACGUUUAUUACACCAAAAAUAACAGAUAACUUGCAUUGGAACAAGACAAGGAAUUAGACAACUACCUACCCAAACAAGUACGAUAGCGGAUUCAUUCACCUCGUAUUUCUACCUUGAAUGGGUAAUAAAAUAACACUUCGUAAACGCAGAGAAGAUACUUUCAAUUGGAUGGAUAUGGAUUUAUAUAAUGAAGUCGUUUUGAGAUCGUAUCAAGUAUUGUCAACUAGUUAUUUUUUGGACGCGCCUAUUCGGUUUGUACGAUAACAAAUUGUUUUGCAGAAAAAUUGUGAUGUUUCCGAAGAACUGAUCAGGAUUACUUGAUGAACUAAAAACGAGUUUUGUGAUUCAUUUCUUCUGCGAUUGUAACGUUCAGAGAGAUGCACAAUUGUGAUUGAUUGGGUACUUUCGAUGAAGAUACCUCAUUUGUGAUUUUUUUGUGUUGCGAAGUUGUAUUUGAUAUUCGUAUGAUUGUGAUAUUUCAAGAAAUGAAUAUAUUGCGGUGUUGAUUAAUUAUGAAUAA